AUGUUAAUCAACGCUGUGAAAGAUGUAGCCACUGCAUUAGGGGAUCUAAUUCAAGCAACAAAAGCUGCUUCCGGGAAAAAUAUCAAUGAUCCAUCAAUGAAUGAACUAAAAGAAAGUGCCAAAGUAAUGGUUACAAAUGUAACUUCCCUUUUAAAAACUGUAAAGGCGGUUGAAGACGAACACACACGUGGUACAAGAGCCCUUGAAUCAACUAUUGAAGUAAUUGGCCAAGAAAUUCGGGCUUUAAGCUCAACUGAAACAUUCAAAUCAACAGCUACUGUAGAAGAGUUGAUACGUUGUACAAAACCGAUUACAAUGGCUACAGCAAAAGCUGUCUCAGCCGGUAACAGUGGUAAACAAGAAGAUGUUAUUGUUGCAGCGAACAUGGGACGUAAAGCUAUAUCCGAUUUGUUGACUGUCUGCAGGGGAUGCAGUAAUACUAUUGAAAAUGCUGAUUUGAGAGAAAGAACAUUACAAGCUGGGUACAACAUCUCCCAAGAAUACAGAAAGUUGUUGCAGACUGUAUUGUUUAUAAUAUCUAAACCAAAUUUAAGUUCUGAUUCCAAGCAUAUGUUACAAACGAUUUCCCGUAUGAUCGCACAAUAUGUCACAGAAUUGAUAUCUGUAACUGAAACUAUCAAAGGUAAUGAUUGGGUCAGUCCUGAAGAUCCUACUAUAAUUGCGGAGAACGAAUUGUUGGGUGCUGCAGAAUCUAUUGACGCUGCUGCAAAAAAACUCGCCAGUUUACGUCCCAGGAAAUCAGUCAAUGUGGAAGCUGCAGAUGCCUCAUGGAAUUUUGAUGAAGUUAUUUUGGAAGCAGCUAAAUCCAUUGCCGCUGCCACAUCGGCACUAGUGAAAGCAGCAUCGGCUGCACAACGUGAACUAAUCGAUUCUGGAAAAGUCAGUCGCAGGCCUUUAACCAGUUCUGAUGAUGGUCAAUGGUCAGAAGGCCUGAUAUCAGCUUCCCGAUUAGUGGCCGCUGCUACCCACAGUUUAGUGGAAUCAGCAAAUGCCUUAGUGCAAGGGAUAUCGAGCGAAGAAAAGCUAAUAUCAUCAGCAAAACAAGUGGCUUCGUCAACAGCCCAGUUGCUAGUGUCUUGUAAAGUUAAAGCUGACCCCGACAGUGCAUCCACAAAGAGAUUAUUGGCGGCCGGAAAUGCUGUGAAACGUGCUACAGACAACCUAGUUAAAGCGGCCCAACAGGCCAUUCAGAACGACGAAGAACGAAGUCUGGUUCUUAGCAAACGGAUGGUGGGAGGAAUCGCACAAGAAAUUAAUGCUAGAUCAGAAGUAUUGAGGAUUGAACGUGAGUUAGAAGAGGCCCGUCAACGGUUGGUUGUUAUCAGGCAAGCCAAAUACAAGGCCAAAGGCGAUGACUCAAGUCCUACGGAGCUGUUGGAAAACGAUUCGUCUUUCGAACAUCAGUUAAAUGGCAGCAGAACCUCCACUGACAACUACGUCAACAGUAGUAUGGAUGAAAAUGGAGACAACAUUCAGGCAAAUGCCUACAACGUAUACAAGCUCCUCAACAACUCGAAUGAUCAAACUAGUCUGAACACUUUUAAUGAAACGUUUCACUCGGGCACAAAUAAAUUGUACACGUACAAUUCAGCAGGCUCGAGCCCCAAAAAUGUGUUUAACAAAUCCUCUUCGAUGUCCACAAAGAACAACACAGUAAAGUAUAAUUGCUCAUCCACCAUCAGCAACAACACAACAACGACAACCAAAUCGUACACAGUCAACGAAUGA